CGAGCGAGCGACAGCCUUGGAUCGAACGGGCGCACGGGCGAUCUCGAGAGAGAGAGAGAGAGAAGAGGGGGGAGCGGAUGAGGUCCCGCGUCUCUCGAGCCCCCGCCGGACGCCUGUGGUUCCGAGUCUUAGAGAAUAAAGAGGAAGGCGGCGAGAAGGGAGCGCGCAGGCUCGCGCAGCGCGGGGACUGAGAGCGCGGUCGCAGGGACGCAUGGUGCACGGGCGAGCGCGCGACCCAGGUGGAGAGUGAAGGCGACGAACGACAUCAUCCGCGUGAAUCACGCGCUUCCACACCGCGAGCAGGACACAAAGCGCUGUGCGUCGUGAACGAGCGCGGCGGGGACGAGCAUCAUGAGGCUGCGCUACUGGAUGGCCCUGGCGGCGCUGCUGGGGGGCCUCGCCGUGGGUCAAAGGUCAUCAUCCUUCCUGGAAAAAGGGACACCCACAGACCUCGAAGGGUCCGGCAAUGAUGAGUUCUUUGAUGACGAAGACCUCUUCUCAGGCUCUGGGUCUGGCUUCCCAGAGACGGAAGCAAGACCCACAGGAGCCAGCGUGUCCUUCACUACGGAGGAGCCCCCAUCCCUGUCCACUACCCAGGCUACGUCCCCCGCACCCUCAGCCCCACCCGCAGCCGAGCCCAGCGGCACGCCCGGCUGGGACAGCUCUUUGGGGAGGGAGAGCGAGUGGAAGGGAGUGGGCUCUGUGGAGAAGGAGAGCGAAAGAGAGCGGGAGAAAGAGAGGGAGCGAGAAAGAGAGAGAGAGCGAGAGAGAGAGCGGGAGGAGAGAGAAAGAGAGAGAGAGCGGGAGAUGGAGAGAGAAAGAGAGAGAGAGCGGGAGAUGGAGCGAGAGAGAGAGCGAGAAAGAGAGCGAGAGAGGGAGAUGGAGAGAGAGAGGGUGAGGGAGAUGGAGAGAGAGAGGGAGAUGGAGAGAGAGAGGGAGAGGGAGAUGGAGAGAGAGAGGGAGAGAGAGAGGAAGCGUAUAAGAAUCCCUCUAGUCACAGAUUCUCCGAGACCCCCUGCUGCUGUUCCCAUGGCGACGACCAGUUUUGCCACGACUCCCGUGCAAACCACGGUGUCUUCCAGCGGGGCGGAUGACUUGAGCUCCACCACCGAGGACGACGAGAUGUUCAUCCCCAUGGAUUCCACGGAGCCGGUUGCUGCCGCCGGCCCAGUUGAGUCCAGCACAGAGAGUGUCCCGCUCCCUACGGCCGCCCCGCCCACUGCACCGGCCCCGACUCCCGCCCCCAGCACCGCCGCCACAACGGUCGUCACCAAUGUCCCCACCACUUUAUUGCCGCCCGCCCCCUCCUCGACCGCUCCUAGAGUCACGCCUCCGAGCACCGCCCCGGCACGGCCGCGGCGUCCCAAGACCACACCUGCCAAGGCCACACCCCCUCCACCCAGAACACGCCCUCAGUUGACCUCUACAGCGCAGCCUCGUACCCCGGACCAGGGAGUCAACAACGAGGUUGGAGGCACCGGCCCCAGCGGUGAUUUUGAAAUCAGGGAAGACGACGGUCGCCAGAGCAACGAAGUGGCGCCGGGUGCGAAGGGCAUGGGCGACAAGGGGAUAGAGCCCGACCUCAUAGGCAACACGGUGGACUCGGGGAGCUCCGCAGCACAACUCCCGCAGAAGAACAUUCUGGAGAGAAAGGAGGUCCUCAUAGCGGUGAUCGUGGGGGGGGUGGUGGGCGCCCUCUUUGCCGCCUUCCUCGUCAUGCUGCUCGUGUACCGGAUGAAGAAGAAGGACGAGGGCAGCUACACGCUGGAGGAGCCCAAGCAGGCCACCGUCACCUAUCAGAAGCCGGACAAACAGGAGGAGUUCUACGCGUAACGGCGAGGGCCCACCCCCCGCCGAGCACCUGGCCCCGCCUCCCAGUCCCCCCCCCCCCCGCCCCCGGCUCCCCACUGCCCGCCGUCCCUCUGAGAGUGCCUACAGGAUCUCUGCACGGACUCAGAACUUUCUUUUCAACGGCAAGAAAAACGGAAGAAAGAAAACUGUUAAGAUGAAAAAAGUCACAAUGACCAAACACACACACACACACAAAAUACAUCUUUUUUAAGUCAAUGUUGUUAUUAGUAGUAUAAUUAUUGUUCUAUAUGAUUCUAUGAUAAUUUUGUACAAAAUUCUUGCUCCUACAUGUGGCGGAACACCGCUGGUCUCUCGUGCUGCCAAAUGAGUGCAGCCUCCGGGAGAGGGGGAGGGGGGCGGCGACACUGAUUUCUCACACGCACACACACACACACACCUUUUUGUUGUCCAGGUGCUAUAGGAGCUGGUCCAGCAAUCACAGGGUGUGUGUGUGUAUGUGUGUUAUGGAAAGGGAUCAACAGGUAGCAGCGCCGCCACCACACACACACACACACACACACACACACACGCACACACACACACGCAACUGCUAUAACACACAGUUGUACACACCCAAACACACUGCUCGCUCCUUCGAAUCCCUCCGCUUCGCGCUGCACACCUGAGCCACACGCAGGUACGAGUCUCACGGGAGUCGUCGGUAAUAAGAGGAAACGCCCCUCCGUGCGUGCGUGUGUUUGUGUGUGCGCGCGCGCCACGGUCGGAGUCCUGGCCCGCGCGCUUAAACCCCCCCCGGGCCGUUCUGCUCGGAGAGCUCGGAGCGGUUCUGUCCGAGAUUCGACCCGGAGCAGCAAUAGCGAAGGGCGUAUUCGCACUCAUUGGGUAAUCGCGCCUAACGGAGCCGCACCAUUGGCCCACCUUCCAUGAAUAUUCAUGAGCGUAGCCAGAGACCAGAAGUGCUGCGGCAGCUACCGGGUCUCAAACAGCAAUAGGAGCGACUGCGGAGCCUGCGGCGACGCGAACGCUCGGGGACGUCCCCGACGGGGGGUCUGCCAGCGGACCCAUUCGAGGCCCGAUCCGUACGCAGUGGGUCUGUUCCGGAAGGUUCUACGUGUCUAUGGUUAGAAUUCCUACAGAGGGCUGAGCCCAAAGCAUUCCCGGGUGUCCUGGGGCGACGUUCCCUGCGUGGGACGACUGCUGCCUCACCUGUGCCACGUGAAGGAUAAAGAGUAGUAGUAAUAAUAAUAAUUAAUAAUAAUAAUCGGUAAUAUAUCAGUAUGAAAUGAAGGAAACGUGAGAGAAUAAUAUAACUGGAGGAGUUUAUAUUGUUGUGCGUUAAAGUUUUAUCGAUGUAAAUAUCUUCUUUUCCUUUCUCAUGUGCUGUUUCUCUUCUGCACUGUGUCCCACCGGAGCCGGAGGCUCUCGGCUCUUUCCGGGGUGAAAGUUUGGCCCCGCCCCCGACGCACAUCCUGUACACACACUCUGAAGAGUGUGUGUGUGUGUGUGUGUGUGUCUGUCUCUCUAUAUAUACACAUAUACGCGCACAC